UCAAAGACUGGCACACCGGGCAGGACUCCGGGCAGCGGCACAUCGGGCUGGACUCCGGGCAGAGGCACAUCGGGCUGGACUCCGGGCAGAGGCACAUCGGGCUGGACUCCGGGCAGAGGCACAUCGGGCUGGACUCCGGGCAGAGGCACAUCGGGCUGGACUCCGGGCAGAGGCACAUCGGGCUGGACUCCAGGCAGAGGCACAUCGGGCUGGACUCCGGGCAGAGGCACAUCGGGCUGGACUUCGGGCAGAGGCACAUCGGGCUGGACUCCGGGCAGAGGCACACCGGGCAGAGGCACAUCGGGCUGGACUCCGGGCAGAGGCACAUCGGGCAGGACUCCGGGCAGAGGCACAGGCCAGGUUCAGCAGGUAGCAAGCAGCGUAGUACAGAGGGUCAGGCAGAGGGAUGGUCAGGGUCACAAGCCAGGGAUCAGAACAGGUAGCAAGCAGCGUAGUACAGAGGGUCAGGCAGAGGGAUGGUCAGGGUCACAAGCCAGGGAUCAGAACAGGUAGCAAAGGAACAGAAACAGGAUGCAGGACAGAUACAGGGCCC